AUAACGUCGUCGCUUGAUCGCGGAUCGCCACGAAUUAUUGCGAAUGAUCGCGAAUGAUCGCGACAGAGGCGACUAUCUCGUUUAAUCUCGCUCGUCUACCUUUCUUUUCGAUUACUAUAUCGUUACAUAUUUAUUCCAUAUCUAUGAAAUUAAUUACCGAAAGAAACUAAUAUCGUGAAAAUUAAUAUAUCAUGCAAGUGCAUUUGUUCCAUACAAAGAUAUAAUUAACUGCCGCGCGCGCGUUUAAACAAUUAGAGAGUAAAAUUAUUGCGAUAUAUAGAAAAAAAAUUUUAACGUACGUGUAUUAAAGUAUUUGCGUAAUGAUGGAAAAAUUAUUGGUUUCAAAUCUAAACUGUAUAUUAAGUACGAAAAUUAGUGAAAAUAAUAUACGUAGAAAAGGUGAAAAAAAAUGCUAACCAGUGGGACAAUUAUAACAACGAGACAAUUUCAUAAUCAAGUCGCACGCAAAGCAGGGAGCUUUUAAGAGGGUCCCUUAUUAGCUAACAGCUGCGAGAGAAGACCAAGUGGAUUGCGGACAGGAACGGAUCCUCCUGGAACGUGAAUCCUCGACAUUUUUCAAUCGAGUGUAAGGAAGAGAGGGUGGAAACGGAGGACGGAAAGAGAUCAUCUAUACAGAGCCUAAAUAGAUUGAGGAAAGAAAAUGGAACGGUGGAAGAGGAAAGCAGGAAUAAGUGGGGAGAAAUACGAGAUUGAAAAGUUGCGGAAAGUGGCGGCGGGAGAGUCUAUCGAAUCCAUCUAAUUAUUCCGUACACGACACUGUGCCGCGAAACGUACGAUUCCGCGUUUCGUAAAAAAGUCAAAACGCAUGCUACCUAUCACUGCGGUGACUUGUGAUCCUUUUGGCUCUUCCUUCGCUCGUCGCUGCAUCUUUCCAAAGUUCCGCGGUUUGCAGCUUCCGCUGCGAUAAAGGACGUCCGAGGAGUUUGCAAGAGGGUGUUAUUGAGAUUAGGCAGGAUAAUUCCUUCUUGCCUAAAGAAAUAUGUACGGUCUAAUCUUGGAGAAUCUAGCCGAAUAUAUAAGGCAAGUUUACGGCGAAGACAGAUGGGAGGAGAUCCGUAGGCAGGCGUCCGUGGAUCAGCCGAGCUUUAGCGUUCAUCAGGUCUAUCCGGAAAACCUGAUACCGAGAUUAGCGAAAAAAGCAAUUCAGGUACUCGGCGUAACGGAAAAGGAGUUUUUCGAUCAAAUGGGUGUGCACUUUGUGGGAUUCGUCGGACAGUACGGUUACGAUCGCGUACUCUCGGUGCUCGGACGGCAUGUGAGAGAUUUUCUCAAUGGUCUAGACAAUCUCCACGAGUACCUCAAGUUUUCUUAUCCGAGAAUGCGAGCACCUUCGUUUAUUUGCGAAAAUGAGACUCGUCAAGGGUUGACUCUUCACUACCGAAGCAAACGCCGAGGCUUCGUCUACUACACGAUGGGUCAAAUAAGAGAAGUUGCUCGGCAUUUUUAUCACAAGGAGCUUCAGAUCGAGUUGGUACGCGAGGAAGUGCUUUUCGACACUGUACACGUGACUUUUCAACUUACCUUCGACAAUCGCGCCUUCACGCUAGCAUCGCUCGCGAUGACCCGUGAGGAGAAACAUCUGCCGAUCGGGGCGUGUGUGCUCUUUGAGAUAUUUCCUUUCUGCAUCGUUUUCGGAUCAGAUAUGGUUGUUAGGAGCAUCGGCAAUUCACUAAUGGUCAUAUUGCCAGAUCUGGUUGGCAAGAAGAUUACGUACUUCUUCGAUUUGGUUCGACCACUUAUUGCGUUUAAAUUUCAAUCGAUAUUGAACAGAACAAACAACAUUUUCGAGCUGGUUACUGUUGAGCCAGUGCUUACGGAACGAUUGAAUGAUCGACACAGAAACGAAACUCUCUUGAGUGACGAGCUUGAAACAGUAGAAGAUAAGACGUUACGAUUAAAGGGUCAAAUGAUAUACAUGGACAACUGGAAAAUGAUGAUGUAUCUCGGGACACCGGUCAUGCCUGAUUUGAACGCUUUAAUAGCAACAGGCCUUUAUAUAAAUGAUCUUUCGAUGCACGAUUUUAGUCGGGACCUCAUGCUCGCUGGGACUCAACAGUCCGUGGAAUUAAAAUUGGCAUUAGAUCAAGAACAGCUUAAGAGUAAAAAAUUGGAGGAAUCUAUGAGGAAAUUAGACGAAGAAAUGAAGCGUACGGAUGAGUUGUUAUAUCAAAUGAUUCCCAAACAGGUCGCGGACCGUUUGAGGAAUGGUGAAAGUCCAAUUGAUACUUGCGAGAUGUUCGAUAGUGUAUCAAUCUUAUUCUCAGACGUAGUGACUUUUACCGAGAUCUGCAGUAGAAUCUCACCAAUGGAAGUUGUGUCAAUGUUAAACGCUAUGUACUCAUUGUUUGAUACUUUGACCGAGAGAAAUCGAGUUUACAAGGUCGAAACUAUCGGUGACGCUUACAUGGUAGUCUCUGGUGCGCCAGUAAAAGAAAACGACCAUGCAGAUCGUGUAUGUGAUAUGGCGCUUGAUAUGGUCGAAGCAAUAACCGAUCUCAAGGAUCGUUCAACAGGCAACCAUCUCCAGAUACGUGUUGGCAUUCAUAGUGGUGCGGUGGUAGCUGGUAUCGUUGGAUUAAAGAUGCCACGAUACUGUCUCUUCGGCGACUCCGUCAAUACAGCAGCCCGUAUGGAAGCGACAAGCCAAGCCAUGCAGAUACAUAUAUCUCAAUCUACCCAGGAAUUAUUAUCGCCCUCGUACAAGGUUAAAGAACGUGAAGAAAUCGAGAUCAAGGGGAAGGGUACGAUGAAGACCUAUUGGUUGGAAAAGCGAGAACGUCGUUCUGUCACGACCCAGGGAAUCACUAUACAAGAGCCUCAUCAAUGGCAUACUAUAAGGAGCUUCGAGAAAAAAGUUUCCUCAGUGGGAGCGAUAGGUCUGAUAAGCUCAGGUAUGUUUGACAAACCUGCGACCUCGGAAGACGCGCUCGCGAGACGUAGAGGCUCGUCGAAGUUGUCGUCUCCAACACCACCGGGAUCUUCGGGCUUUUUCUCCGAGGAGAGAAGGAUAUAUUCUCCCAUCACUUUUCAAGAUGUCGCGCGACGAUCGGUCGCGAAUUCACCAACGAAGAGUGUGGAAGUACGAGAAUGUCGGUCGAAUUCUAUGGGUGCGGUAGGCGUGAAAAGCGCGUCAGACAUGUUCAGUUCUCUUCUGAACGAUACGGAGGAGCACUUCCGGCAGCACCGGGAACACAAUUUGUCGCCACGCGUAAAAAAUCAAUCAGCGAGUGUGCGCACGAAACCGGAAGUAAAGAUCAAUGCCACUUUAUCCUCGUCUUCACAGAGUUCGUCGGAAGACGAAUCGAAUUUGUCGUUGGAUCUCGCGUUACAGACGCAAAAGGAUUAUAAGAAUAAUCUGCAGGAUGCAACAGCUGCAGCAGGCAACGAUAGCGAGUGCGCAGCUGCAAUUAGUAGCGAUCUCAGCAAUUCUCAAUUGUUGAUGCAACAAGACCAGUGCUGUCCGGGAUUUACCAUCUCAAAGAGCAGCAAGAUACGUCAUCAAGGGAAUAGCUGUACUAUCGUUUAAUUCGCAGAAAUUGCCAAGAUUGUUGCAAUGAGAAAUGUUGCCAAGUUAUAUUUUAGAUUUUUUGAUGCUAAAGCAUAUAAUUCUAUAUCAGCUCUUCGAUUUCUAUAUCUCUUAGCUUUCUCUUAUUUUCUCGUAUUCUCUUGAUUCUAUAUUAAUUCAUACGUUAAAAGGAAAAAAUAUUAAUUCUAUUUUAUAGUUGAAAAAAUUCAAUUUUUGCUCUUAAAAUAAUCUUACAAGAUUAAAAAGAUACCGAAAAUUAUUUUGGGUGAUUUCUAUUCCAUAUGACAGUUAUAUCGCGUAUAAUAUUCUGGGAUAAAUUUUGAAAAAAUUAAUCGAAAUUAAAAAUUAAGAGACCCACUUUUUUGUUUAUUACUUGAUAAGAAAACUAUAAAUAUUACGUGAUAGCACGACCAAUUAGUGUAUUCGUGUACAUUUAUAGUAAUUGUACAUAUCGCAAAAAUAAAAUGGGUUUAAAGCUUUAAA